GAAGUAGACUGUAGACUGAGCCGACCUUACGACACAGCGGUCGUGUUUUUUAGUCACCGAGGCGCGUAAACGUACAGCCAACGAUUUUCAUCGUUUGGUUCACAAUAAUACGUGAUAAAGCUGCUUUCACUGUUGUUACAUGAACUUGGCUCAUUAUCCAAAUUAAUACAAGCAUGGAGAACUUAGAAUCUGGCAGAGGUAUUCAGGUGGUGACUCCCGGACCUGAACACACUUUUACCUUAGACGAGGAGGCGCUCGAGACGAUCUUACUCAGAGAUGACAUUAAGGACAGAUCAGUUGUAGUGGUGUCCGUGGCCGGCGCCUUCCGUAAGGGCAAGUCCUUCCUGCUGGACUUCUUUCUUCGAUACAUGCACCACAAGUAUAAUCUGCAUGGAAGUGGUGUUGACUGGUUGGGGGUGGAGGACGAGCCACUGUCAGGUUUCAGCUGGCGAGGAGGCUCCGAGAGAGACACUACUGGGUUGCUGUUCUGGUCUCAGCCAUUCAAAGCUACAUUAGACAAUGGAGAAAAGGUGGUGAUCUUCCUUAUGGACACACAAGGCACAUUUGAUAGCGAAACAACAGUUAAAGAGAAUGCCACUGUGUUCGCACUCUCCACCAUGUUGUCCUCUGUACAGAUAUACAACCUGUCACAAAAUAUUGAAGAAGAUGAUCUGCAACACCUGCAAUUGUUCACUGACUAUGGGCGCCUGGCACAAGAGUCAUCGCAGGGCGCGCCCUUCCAGCGGCUGCAGAUGUUGGUAAGAGACUGGAGCUUUCCGUACGACCACCCUUACGGAGCGGUGGGCGGGCAGCAGCUAUUGGACAAACGACUUAAGGUCCACGAAGGCCAGCACCCCGAACUGCAAUCUCUGCGAGUCCACAUCGCGGGCUGCUUCGAGGAACUAGCUUGCUUCCUUAUGCCCCACCCCGGACUGAAUGUAGCGACUGAUCCACACUUCAAUGGCAAUUUGGCCGCCAUAAGUCAAGAAUUCAAGCUUUGUUUGAAACAACUCGUACCCAUGCUGCUGGGACCAGAGAACUUGAUUAUAAAAAAGAUUGGAGGAAACAAAUUGAAAUCCAGAGAUUUGCUUUUAUAUUUCAAGUCGUACAUCAACAUAUUUAACGGCGCCGCACUUCCCGAGCCGAAGACUAUUCUAGAGGCAACUGCAGAGGCUAACAAUUUAUCAGCUAUGGCAGAAGCUAAGGAGGUUUACGAGACGCUCAUGGAAGAAGUCGCCGGUGGAGCGAAGCCCUAUCUGCAGCCAUCGCGGCUCGAGCAGGAACACCAUCGAGCGAGGGACAAAGCGCUGCACGGUUUUCGCUCCAAAAAGAAAAUGGGCGGAGAUGAGAUUGCAGAGUCGUACGCUGAUAGGCUGGUCAAGGAGUUAGAGGAGCAGUACGAGCAGUACCGGUUGCACAACGAGGACAAGAACCUGUUCCGACAGCUGGGAACAGUCGCGGUGCUGCUGAUGUUGGCGCUGGCCGUGUACAUGGUCGGGAUACUAGCGGGCGUGUUAGGUUUCGAGUCCCUUCAGGCCCUGGGGAAGACGGCGGCUAUUGUUUUCCUGGUCUUGAUGGCGGUUUGCGGUUACUCCAGAGCCACCGGCAACAUGCGAGAGCUCACCAUACAGCUGGACCAACUGGCGGAAUCUGUGAUGGACAAAGCUGGCCAGCUGGGGGGAUGGCGGACCGCUGCGACAACAGACAGCUACAGCAGGGACAAAAACAAGCAGUCAUAGCACUUAAGUAAUACCUCAAUAAUUUUAAUAUUCUUAUAUGGCCAAGCAUCGCACUUGUUUUGAAACGAAUUUAUUUAAGAGAAAGUAAUAUACUGUGAGCAUAUUUUUCAUAAUUUAAAUCAUAACUGACUUAUUAUAAUAAAAUGCAAACAUUUUUCGUAGCUACCUAUAUAAGGGUAACUGUGUGGUUAUUCUAAGUCGGCAUCGUACUUACUGCACACGGAUUACGGAGCGUUAAUAGUUUUUAUUGAUAAAUCUUUACAAAAUAAUGAAUAUUAGCGCAGGCUGUUUGAUAAAAAACGGAAAAGAUCCGUUGUAGUGUGACGACGCGAACUUAGAGUAAGCACACUGAUGACGAUAAUUUGUAGGAAUAAGUUUUUGAACGAUCGUCUUGCUCUUAAUUUUAAAAAUUACACGCAUUGUUGUAAAACAGAAUAACGGAACCGGAAACAUAUUUAUUUACAUUUAUGUCAAGAUUAUGAAAAGACAUUUUUGUCUUUAUCGUUAAGAACGGAAUAAAAACUCAGUCGCUACUAUGAAUAUUAAAUAAAUAGACGUCACUUUAAAUGUUUAAUAAGACUUACGAUUUAUAUUUGAUUAUAAUCAGAACUAAAUUAAUGGAGAAAUGUUUGUUAAAAUAUAUUGUGGAAGUGAAACUUCCUAUGGGACCUCCAGCGAGGAGCGCUGGAAUGGACAGAGACGGAGCGAGAGCAGAAUGGAUGGGUCAGUUGAGGAUCGUAAGCAAUGCUUAUGAAGUUUGUCUCAAACAAAUAAAGAAAACUUGAGUUCUACCCUUUCCUAUUUUAAUUUUCUCACAAUGAAGUCUCUCUUCUUCCGCGCGGAGGGACACCACGCACUAUUUUUUAUUUAUUACAAGUUUUUUUUUUGUAUUUGCAUAGGAUAAUGAUGACUAAAAUAAAAAAUAAAAUGUUUAUAAAAACUGUA